AUGAAGAGCCCGAGCCCGGCCCGUGUCCGAGGUGUCUCUGUGAGCAACUUAAGCGACAACUUCCUGAUCCUACACGUCACAUCUGAUGACGCCAAGCAAAAUGACAACAAGCAAAAGGGAGACCUCGUUCUACAGUGUGACUAUCUGUUUGAGGCUUUGACCAAGUUGUGUGUGAUCGCCAAGAAGCCGGACUGUAUCCAGGUCGUACAGGGCAGUGUUCGGUUCGACAUCCAUCCCGGCAGAGAGGGCUUCGUGGACUUCAAAAGUGGCCACGAGGCGAUGGUCUACAGAGCGAAGAACGGACACUUGAUGGUUUUUUCAUUUCAGGAAUCAAGAACCAAAUCCAGAAUAUAA